AAGUGAGCGAGACAGGAGUAUCAAGGUCGAAGAUCCGCUUUAACAUCAUCAUCAUCACCGUCAUCACCAUCAUACCAAUCAAAUAUGAUGAUGCUAAGGCCUUGGCAAAGAAAGAUAAAGCAACCUCAGAAACCAAUAGGGAUUUCAGCACCCAUUUUAUAUUCAAUACCGCCAUGGGGUGUUCCUCCGCCGCUACCAUCAAAAUCAUCACUAAAGGAAUCUCAUCAGUUAAUGCUGGGUUUCGGACACCAAAGAGAUAUCAUUAGUUACAGUAAUAGCAAUGCCGUCGCGCUAGGUAUAGAGCCCUAUAACGGAUCUGAAAGAUCCUCAAGUGUCUCUAGAGCUCUACCGAGUUUUUGUGCUCUUCCCCCACCUCGCGAUGCACUUCAUAUAUACUUGAGGACACCUUCUGUCUAUGAAAUAAUGCCUGUGCCGAUUGUGCCGUCCGCAUUUAUGCGACCAAAGAGCACCACAAGGUGCAUCCCUUACAAAAGCUUGUCGUCAGCAGAUCUUGAUUUGUGUCAAAGAGAAUGCUGUACCGCUCAACAACGUAGGAAUAACAAGCACAACUAUACCCAUUAUAAUGACUAUGAUGGCGAUGAAGAACCAUGGCUCUCGUCAAGUCCAUCCCAUCAUGAUAAAAUUUAAGAAUAUUCUCCUCUUACCAGUUACUCAUGUCAGGAGUAUCUUGUGCGGAGUCAAACUUUCAAUUUGUUGGUACCAGUACAUGAAGACAGUAAUAAUGCAUCGUCAACGCCAGAGUGUUGUUACUACGGGGGUCGAGACAGGAGCUCAUCGGAGAUGAAUGGCUCUAACUCCACUGCUGUUUCUGAU